CGCGCGUCCGUCCACCCACAGAAAACAAGGCAGCACAGCGACCGGAUGCCCCCGACACCAGCUCAACGAGAGGCGCGAGGGGCCCGGGGGCGUGCGCCCUACUCGUACCGCGGCGAAUUGAAGCGAGACGUGGCCAGCCUCAUGUAUGCGUUUGGCGACGUGGUCGAGCCGCAUGCCGAUUCGGUGGCGCUCCUCGAAGAGAUGACGGUGCAGUUCCUCGUCGACCUGUGCCACCGCGCGCGGCCUUCGCCCACGGUGCUGCCCAUGCCGACGAGCCAGUCUACGAUCCAGAUGCUGGCGACAGCGACAGCGCCUGCGUCGGCUUCGGCGUCAGCGUCGUCCUCGACGCCCCAGCAGGGCUCGUCCGUCUCUGCGUCCCUCAGCGCAGCCGGGGCGAGCAAAAGCGCAAGUGCGCCCAAGGGUGGCAGCAACAGCAGCGACCUGCUGGCGACAACAGCCAUGCCUCCCAGGGGUGCUGCACACCCCUUUGGCGCGCGAAGCCGCAUGACGGUCGAGGACAUCAAGUUUGCACUGCGCAAGGAUGAGAAGCUGUUUGCCAGAGUCGAGGAGCUCCUCUACCUCGAGAAGGUCAUCAACGAUGCGAGAAAGGGCUUCACGAUCCCGGAAGAGGAAGCCGCCGCGGCGAAUAGCUGAUGACUCGCUGACUCGCCGGAAGAGACCCAACUACUCCUUUCUUUUUUUUUUCAGCCCGGCUGUGUACUGUACUGUACACGCUACGGCAGAGGAUACUGGGCCAUGAACACAUGUUACUCUGUGCCGGUGCCUGCA